ACUUGCCAAGAGCGAGCCCGGGCGCCCUGCCCGCCCAGCUCCACGGAGUGGGGGUGGGGUGAGACUAAGGCCGCGGGCGGGCAGGGGUCUUCUGAGCACCCGACCACCCUCCCCAGAGCGCCCUGGAGACUCCGGUCGGCUCAGGACCCGGGAGCCUCGCGGGCCCCACCCUUCCCCAGUCCUCACUGGGGAAGCGGGAGAACCAGAUGGGCAUUACGCAAGGGCUGAUGUUUACCUCCCGCGGGAGCCUCCUCCCCUUAUAAAGCCUGCGUGGAGGCGAGCGCGCCUGGGAGUGACUCCGGGCGGCGGACAGCAGGCGGAGGAGCGAGGGGCGUGGAUGCGAGCGCCCGGGCGCCGGCCGCCGGGUCCGGCAGCAGCAGGGGCGCUGCGCGCUCGCAGGCGGCCGCGGGGCUCGCGCAGGGCCUGGCGCCUCGAGCCCGGCUUCCCAUGGAGGCGGCCGAGCUGGGCCCGGGGCUGGUGGAGCGUCUGGAGCAGCUGGCGACGUGUCCGCUGUGCGGCGGCCCCUUCGAGGACCCUGUGCUCCUGGAUGUGAAGAAGACAUGGAGGCGGUUUGAUGUCCCCAUGCCCAAGCCAUCUAACUCAGAGGAAGAGCUCCCUGAAGAUUACCCAGUGGUCAAAAACAUGCUUCACAGACUGACAGCCGAUGUGACGCUGGACCCUGGCACUGCGCACCGCCGCCUGCUCGUCUCCGCUGACCGCCGGGGCGUCUGCCUGGCUCCACCCGGGACGCCCGCACCCCCAGAUGGCCCCUCGCGCUUUGAUCAGCUCCCGGCAGUGCUGGGCACCCAGGGCUUUGGCGCCGGCCGCCACUGCUGGGAGGUGGAGACGGCGGAGGAGGAGGCCGGCUCCUGCAGAGACCCCUCAGCCGAGGAUGUGGGAGGCAUGGAGAGCCGCUACGCCGUGGGCGUGGCUGGGGAAUCGGUGCCGCACAAGGGCCGCAUCCCGCUGUGCCCCGCCGAGGCUGUCUGGGCGCUGGAGGGCCGCGGGGGCCGCCUCUGGGCACUCACGGCCCCGGAGCCCACCCCACUGGACAGCGCCGGGCCCGCGCCGCGCCGCAUCCGCGUGGACCUGGACUGCGAGCGCGGCCGCGUGGCCUUCUACGACGGCCGCUCGCUGGACCUGCUCUUCGCCUUCCAGGCGCCUGGGCCUCUGGGCCAGCGUGUCUUCCCGCUGCUCUGCACCUGCGACCCCCGCACUCCGCUGCGACUUGUGCCCGGAGAAGGCUGAAAGCCCCGACCCCACGCCCCACUUCCUCUUGUGUGUGUAAACCCUGCUGAUUGUGGGACCGCAAGGGCCUGAGUUCAAUCCCCGGUCCCGC